UUUAUUGGGACUUUUCUUUCAUCUAGGACAAUCCGCGGUGUAGUGGGAGGUCGUUCGCAAUGGCGGAAAGCGAGUUCGCUCCGAAGUUCGCCCCGUUCUUCUCCUUUGCUGGCAUUGCAGCUGCAAUGAUCUUCGGAUCAAUGGGGGCAGCAUAUGGCACAGCUAAAUCUGGUAUUGGUAUUUCGGGUGUGGGGACUUUCAGGCCGGACCUGAUCAUGAAGUCCUUGAUUCCCGUGGUCAUGUCUGGUAUUAUUGCGGUCUACGGUCUCGUUAUUGCGGUUCUUAUUGCGGGUGAUGUCGCCCCCCCUCCGACUCAUAUCAGCUUGUAUACAGGAUUCAUGCACCUUGCAUCUGGAUUGUCCGUGGGUCUCGCAGGUGUGGCCGCUGGAUAUACUAUCGGAAUUGUCGGAGAUGCGGGUGUACGUGCCUACAUGCAACAAUCUCGGGUCUAUGUCGGAAUGAUCCUGAUUUUGAUUUUCGGCGAAGUUCUCGGUCUUUACGGCCUUAUCGUCGGUCUGAUUCUGAAUUCGAAGAAGAGCUAAGCGUCACGUCCUUCAAUCAUUCGCUGCCUCUACAAUCCUCAGCCC